AUGGCGGCUCUUAAGCGGAUGGUCAAUCUGUCGAAAACUUUUAAAACGAUGACAACCACUCGUUUGUGCUGUUUUCAAACAUCAAGGAAAACCUAUUUCACAUACGUGAACGAACCUUCUAUGCCAAUAUUGAACAAGGAACCAUGCUGGCUCAAAACUGCCGAUGAAGCGAUCGAGAAAGCCGAAUUAGACUCUGAUCAGCUUGUAUUCAUCCAAGGUGCAGCAGCUACUCCUACUGAGUUGUUAAGAGCGAUGACAGAAUAUGGUGUCCGAUGUGAUGUGAGAAAUGUAAAAUUGUUUCACAUGCAUCUUGAAGGUGAUGCACCGUUUGCGAAACCAGAAAAUGCAAAACAUUUCAGAUCCAUUAGCUUCUUCAUUGGAGGUAACGUGAGACCAGCUGUUCAGGCGGGACAUGCUGAUUGCAUUCCAAUUUUCUUGCAUGAAAUUCCACGAGUAUUUAAUGAAGGAUAUGUUAAGCCAGACAUCGCACUUAUCCAUGUUAGUCCACCUGAUGACAAAGGAUACUGUUCACUUGGUACUAGUGUAGAUUGUGUACGAGCUGCUCUGAGCAAUUCUAAAUACAUCGUAGCUUUAGUAAACAAGUGUAUGCCAAGAACAUUCGGUGACGCUUUAAUUCAUGUUAGUCACUUGGAUUUCGCUGUGGAACAUCACAAACCACUUCCAGUGCAUCCUGUAAAAGCACCGUCAAAAGAGGAACAACAAAUCGGUAAAUACAUCGCCGAAAAUUUAGUAGUAGACGGAGCCACAUUGCAAAUGGGCAUCGGAAGUAUACCGGAUGCAGUAUUGUCACUUUUGAAGAAUCACCAAAAUCUUGGAAUUCAUAGUGAAAUGUUCAGUGACGGUGUAGUAGAAUUAGUCGAGAAGGGAUGUAUAACGAAUAACCGUAAGACAAUGCACAGAGGCAGAAUUGUCGGUUCGUUCUGUGUUGGAUCAGACAAGUUAUAUAAUUUUAUGCACAAUAAUCCUUUUAUAGAAAUGUUGGUAGUAGACUACGUGAAUGAUCCAAAAAUAGUAGCCAAACAACCAAAUAUGACGGCUAUUAAUUCGUGUAUAGAAGUCGAUGUCACUGGCCAGAUUUGCUCCGAUAGUAUCGGAACUAGAAUGUAUUCUGGAUUUGGAGGGCAACUAGAUUUCAUUACGGGUGCUGCUCUUAGUGAUGACCGUCAAGGAAGACCCAUCAUUGCAUUGCAGUCUGUUACCUCGAAGGGUGAAAGCAAAAUUCAGCCUGUUUUAAAGACAGGUGCUGGUGUCGUUACAAACAGAGCGAUUGUACGAUACGUUGUCACGGAAUAUGGUAUUGCCAGUUUAUUCGGCAAAAGUCUUCAACAGCGUUCGUACGAACUAAUUCAAAUUGCACAUCCCGAUCAUAGAGAAGCGCUAGAAAAAGCAGCAUUUGAACCAAGAUCUUUUAAUAUAUGUGGCGUAAGAUACAUACGAGAACCUUUGCAACCAUUAAGACGUUGUCCAAGGUGGGUUUGCGUUGAAGAUGCAGUAAAAAUUAUUAAUUCAGAGCAUUUAGUUUUUAUUCAAGGGGGUGCAGCAACGCCUAAUGAAUUAAUACGUGCCAUGACCGAACAUGGUGUUUGUAAUAAUCUACGUGGAGUGCGAUUAAUUCAUAUGGGUCUCGAGGGUGAUGCACCAUUCGCAAGUCCUGAAUUUGAGAGACAUUUCAGAUCUAUAAGCUUUUACAUCGGUGCUAAUCUGAGAGAGGCUGUUAAUGAGGGCAGAGCAGAUUAUAUACCUAUAUUUCUCCAUGAAGUUCCAAAACUUUUUUACGAGAAGAGAAUUGUCCCAGAUGUUGCAUUAAUUCAAGUCAGUGUUCCGGAUACUCGCGGUUUCUGCUCUUUAGGUGUAAGCGUGGAUUGCACGCGUGCUGCGAUUAGUUCAGCGAAAGUUAUUGUUGCCCAAGUUAAUGAACACAUGCCGAGAUCAUUUGGAGAUACUACUAUUCAUUCUAGUCACAUUGAUUGGGCAGUUAAAUAUGACUGUCCUUUACCAUGCAUAGCUAAUACUCCUCCAAAUGAUAUUGAGCAAGAAAUUGGCAAAAUAAUUGCACAAAGGCUAGUAGAUGAUGGAGCGACUUUACAACUUGGGAUUGGUAACAUACCUGAUGCUGUUCUUUGUUCUCUUGGUAAUCAUAAAGACUUGGGAAUCCAUACAGAAGUACUUGGCGAUACAAUGGUAGAUUUAGCAGAACGAGGGAAUAUUUCAAACAAAAUGAAAAUAAAGCACAGAGGACGUAUGGUUGCUUCUCUAGCAGUUGGUACAAAAAGAGUAUACGAUUUUUUACAUAAUAAUCCAUUUGUAGAAAUGCUUGCAAUUAAUUACGUAAACGAUCCUCGAGUAAUAUCACAACAACCAAAAAUGACAGCUAUUAAUUCUUGUAUAGAAAUGGAUAUUACUGGUCAAAUAUGUUCUGAUAGUUUAGGCUGUAAAAUGUAUUCCGGAUUUGGUGGUCAGCUUGACUUUACUCGAGGCGCGGCAUUGUGCCAAGAUGGUCGAGGAAAAGCUAUAAUCGCAUUCCCUUCGGUAACAAAUAAAGGGGAAAGUAAAAUUCAACCUGUGAUUAAGCUUGGUGGUGGUAUCGUGGUAUCGAGAGCACAUACACACUACAUAGUUACUGAGCAUGGUGUAGCACAUCUUUUUGGUAAGACAUUACGUCAGAGAGCAAAUGCAUUAAUUCAGAUUGCUCAUCCUGAUCACAGAGAAUGUCUUGAAAAAGCUGCAUUUGAAAGACUUAAAUCUAAUCCAACAAAAUAUUUAUAA